UGCAUGGAAGUGCGCUGUCUGGAGGUCCUGCUGAGUUCAACUCUAACCCUUAUUUACCGUAUUAAUGAAAUAUCCCUGCCGAAAACGGAUGCAGACAAAGCGAUUUAUCUCAAACGGCUAAAGAAAAUGACCCACGCGUUUAUUUUGUUUUGUUUGUGUUUUUCUCAUCUUGAUGGUGUGUUUAUUGUGGAGACAAAUGUAUCAGUGAUGGAGGGAGAUUCUGUCACUCUAAAGACUGAUGAUAAACAGAGAUAUGACAAGAUAGAGUGGAGGUUUGGAGAGGAGCGAAUCGCCGGAAUAAAGGGAGUGAAUGGUACAUAUUAUGAUGAGGUUUGGAGAUUUAGAGGCCGACUGCAGCUGGAUCACACUGGCUCUCUUACCAUUAGAAACACCACAACUGAACACACUGGAGUUUAUCAUCUGAGUAUGAAAAUUGGAAAUGCAGAGAUACCCAAGAGUUACAGAGUUACUGUGUAUGCUCCUCUGCCCAAUCCAGUAAUCUUCAUUUACACUUUACAAUCUUCUUUAUCAUCUGAAAGAUCAUCGAGGAUCUUCCUGUGUUCAGUGGUGAAUGUGAGUAAUGUGACUCUCUCCUGGUACAAAGGAAAGAGUUUAUUGUCCAGCAUCAGUGAGUCUGAUCUCAACAUCAGUCUCUCUCUACCUCUGGAGGUGGAAUAUCAUGAUAAAAACAUCUACAGUUGUGUAGUGAACAAUCCUGUCAGCACCCAGACCAGACAUCUCACCAACACUGAACUCUACUGGUUAGGUUCAGACUCUGUCCACUAUUGUGGCACUGCUGAAGCUGUGAUCCGAUUGGUCGUCUCUGCUCUGAUGGGCGUGGCUUCCGUCGCUGCCAUUGUUGUUCUGGUUUAUGACAUCAAAUCCAGAACAGAAGAGAAGAGAACAAGCAUCAAAUUAAGACAACGAUCAAUCAAAUGUUGAACUGUCUUUUUGUUUUUUACUUCCGAGUACUUUUAUAUUUAGUUUAAAUUGUGUUGUGACAUAAUUCUUUAUCUGUAUGCCUAAUGAUAAUGAUGCAUGGAAUAUGAUAUCCAGAAAGCUAAGAACAUGAACAGUCAGUCUACGUGCUCAACGCUCAAAUUUCUAAUUUUUUUUUUUUUUUUUUUUUUUUGCCAACAUUAGACUGAGUCAUAAGUUUACAUUGAUAGACCUGCAUUUAGCUUGCAGUUAGGAAAAGUAGGUAAAAUAUGUAAUCAGUCACUCCUAAUAAUAAGUCAGCAUCAUUUCUCCAUGUGUUCAUAAAUUGACUCCCAAUCAGAA